AUGGAGCGGAAACCUUCGGCGCUGAUCACAGGGUGCGGCAAAGGCGGGAUUGGCCAUGCCCUUGCCUCUCAAUUCAUUGUGGGAGGCUAUACUGUGAUUGCAACUCUCCUCCCCAACGAGGCCCGGGAUCACCUGGAAGACCUUGGAGUUCACGUUUUUGUCUCGGAUGUUACCAGUGAUUCGCAAUGUGAAUCUCUGCUUGAGUCAACCAGAGUUCUGACUCAAGGAAAGCUUGAUGUUUUGAUCAAUAAUGCUGGAAUCGUGUACACGAUGCCAGCUGUCGAUACUGAUGUAUCUCAAGUUGAGAAGAUGUUUGCCGUCAACGUACUGGGGCCCAUGAGGAUGGUACGAGUCUUUCACAAGUCAAUUGUGGCAGCAAAAGGGACGAUCGUAAAUAUCGGCUCCAUUGGUGGUAUUGUGCCAUACAUCUAUGGCGGUCAGUCUCAUAUCCUCUAUUUGCCAUUUGCGGAAACGGUGUUGAUAAAGGUCAAGGUGAUCACUGUGAUUUCGGGGGAAGUGGGCACAAAUAUCUUGAAGAGAGAUUAUGAUGCAUCAUUACCUGCUGAUUCAAUAUUCCAACCGCUUAGUGAAGAGUUCAAGGCGCAUGUACGGCGCACACCCAACACAAUGACUCCAGCCGAGUACGCAUCUGGAGUCUAUGCCGAAGUGCAGAAAAGCUCACCUUCUGCCUGGUUCUGGCACGGAAACCUAACAACCAUCAUCCGGAUAUGGGAUGCCAUGUUACCUCGAACAUUCUGGGAUUGGUUCUUCGCUCGUGACUUCCAAUUUGAUAAGCUGAGGAAAGCGGUGGAGGAAGGAGAAAAGGCGAGAGAGAAGAAGGUGGAUUAA